AUGGCAAACAGCAGUGCUUCCCCUUCUCUGCGAGCAGGCAUCUUUGCCUCUCUACCCCACGACAUCGUUGAAAAACGACUUCAAAUCUUCCAAAUGGAGCCGGGCUCAUCUCUGGUCAUGAGGUCCUCCGAAUACGCUCGGGAUUGGCCCUGGAUGGACAACAUCUACGUAAGAAGGGAUAGUUUUACUAGCAAAAGGGGCUUCUUCACUCAGCACUUUCGAUGUCGUUUAUGGACCAAGACGGCGUACCAAAGUAAAGUUGAAUCGGAUCGCCGUAAGCGGGUGACUAAAUCACGAGCUGCCUAUGGUUGCCCCUGCACGCUGAAAAUCGUCGUAUUCCCUGGGGACCAGGAUGUGACGAUCGUUUGCUCCAGCAAAGAGGGCCAUAAUCACCCAAUUGAAGAGAUUGAAAAGAUUCCGAGUGGGCUCCGAGACCUCGUUGCCGCCGAGAUUGCAAAUGGAUAUCCCGCGGCCUAG